AGCCAGGGCGGAUCACGUGCACUGGAGAGCAAAAACGGGAGCUCGCGCACCGAACACGGCAUUUGGCUUCAGGUGCGCUCAUGGUUGUACUGCGUCAUAUCUCCGUGGCGUUUAGCGCUGCUAUGGCUGCGGUCGGGACCGCGCUGUUUAUCGCACUCAAUCUUUUUUAUAAAAGACGGGUAUGGACACCAGAGUCAGACUACUACACGUUCCGAGAGGAGGAGGAGGAGCGCAGUGAGAAGCAGGUGCUUGUUCUUGGGUUGGAUGGCGCUGGUAAGAGCAGCGUUCUGCAGGAGCUGAGUGGAGCAGGCUCCAGGAGGGGCUGCCGACCCACACGCGGCUUCAACUUCAUCAGCCUACACACACCUGCAUGCCAGCUGGACUUCUUGGAAAUUGGAGGUGGUGAAGACUUGCGAAUGUACUGGGUGGAUUACCUAAGGAGAACAAAUAUUUUGGUGUACGUGGUGGACUCCUCUGAUAGAGGCCGGCUCCCUCAGGCCAAAGACGAGCUCCAUCGAUUACUUAAAGCAGACACUGAUCUACCAGUGGUGGUCUUGGGAAACAAACAGGAUAAGCCCGAUGCUGUUAGCGUCCCGGAGCUGCGUGAGGCUCUCUCACUGAGCUCAGUGGCUGAUCAGAGGAAGCUUUUCUUGUUGGCUGCUCAGUCAGGAUCUGAAGGAUUAAGCAGAACCUGCGGCCUCCAAAAGUUCCAAGACCUGCUUCUGACAUUGGUAUGAAACCAAGCUGCCAUUUGAAGGUUGGCACUACUGUGCCAGAAAAGACUGGCAAAGGGAUCUUGAGGAAUGAGGGAGCAUUCGAUGUAUUGGUUUCAUCCUGGAAUCGUGCAAGGAGAACUUACGUCAUGGUAAUGCUAAUGUUGUGACAUUGAAGGAGUUGAACAAACACUUUUUUUUUUUCAAAAUGAGUACUGUGGGCAUUAUUGCUGCUAGUUAUAAUGUACAAUAUCUCACUUGUCAUUACUAGGAUUAUUAUAUUCAGAAUUACAAAGAGCACAUUACAUAUGCUUUAACUCAUGUGGAGUCAACUUGGUGAAUCGCAGAAAGAAACAGGAAAUUAUAUUUUGCUUGGAAAUUAAUGCUCACAUUUCCCAUAUCAAUAUAUAUAUAUAUAUAAUGUAAAUUUAUUUUUAAUUAUUGAAAAAAUGUCAUCUUUCUUUCUCUGUGGAUUUUAAGAUUAACCCAAUUUAUCCUUGCAUGCCAGAUUGUGUUAUUGACAGUGGGUACCUCAGAUAAUUCUCUUUUCUAAGAACUGCGAUUUAGGUUUCAAAUGGAGAUUUUGUUUUGAAGUUGCACAGCUGUACAAAAAUAAGGCCUCUUCACUGUGAAAUCAAUAUGGUCUGCUUAUGCAAGUGGUUUGAAUUACCAUCAACAAGAGCUAGUGGUAUGGAGAGAGAACUAGGCCUAUAUGAAAUUCAUCUCACAUUCCGUCUCUAGAAAAAUAUGGCUUAACCCAGAUCUAAAUGAAAGGCCUCUAUGAAUGCAAAUGCAUUGUUUUUAGUCUUAUAGUGAGGGUUUUGUAAUGCUGAUUAAACAGAAUUCUUACACAUUUGAUAAUCCUGGAAAGGAACUGUAUGGCUAAUAAUUUGAUGUAACUUGUAUAACAGCUGCUGACAGAUUCAGACUUCUUGUUCAAAACCAGUCAUGCGCAUUUUAUUUAGCAUGUACAUGUAGCAUGUGACAUUUCUAAGAAACUGUGAUGAAGCAACAACGAUGCCUACAGAAGCACUACUGCAGUGCAAAUAUGAACAAAUCUCUGUAAUUAUUGUGUCUUAAAUCAAUGUUCUGGGUUCAGCUCUAUCAACAGCAUUUUUGGAAUAACGUUGAAUGCAGAAAAUAUAUUUUUUCCCAACAAAAUCCUGUGGCUAUACUUUUAAAACAUUAUUAUUUUCUUGGAAAAAAAAAAUAAUAA